CAUCUAAUAGUUGUAUAACAAAAAUAAUAUUCAUUUAUUAAAUCUUUACCGGAAAAUUGUCUCAAAAAUUAAAGAGGAAGUCAUUGGAACGUAAUUUAAAUGACUUACAAUGUUAAUGUGUGCAUAACGAGUUCAUCCGUAUUCAUUGUUUGAGUGGCUACUUAUAGUGAAAAUGGAAAUUAUUAUUGUUUAUAACGAAACAAUGACGUUAUAGAAUAAGUUUUUUGUAUAAAAACAAUGAACUCAGAUGCAAAUAUUGCAUAUGCAUAUUUAAGUCAGUAAAAUGUAUUUUAUCCAGUAGUUACAGAAAACUUCCAUACCAUUUUAUUUGGAAAUGUCAAUAUUGUUAUUUAAAUGCGUGAUGAGUUCAAAACUAAAACUAUUCAUUUUAACAAGCUUAGUAAUACCAAUUGUCAUAUCAUCUUCGAAUCUUUCGUUUGACACUCCAAACUCAAACACUACAAAUAAUGAUAGGGCAGUUGAAAGCUUUAAAGGUAACCGUCCAUUAAGAGGAACAAAACGACAGUCCAGUUUAAAAAAACAAAAUCGACUGCUCUCAUUAUUCACAAUCGUUAAAUUUGACAACGAACCAUGCUAUUCAUCGUCUGGCGACAGCGGUAUCUGCAUGACAUCAACCGAAUGCUAUCAACAUCGAGGAGUGCCUAUUGGCUCGUGCGCUAAUUCAUAUGGCGUUUGCUGUUUAUCGUUAUCUACAUGUGGCCAGACGAUCCGAGAAAACGGCACAUAUUUCGUGAAUGCAGGAUAUCCAGACGGUUUAAAUAACACAGGGACGUGUCAAGUGACUAUACACAAAUUAUCUCCUUAUAUUUGUCAGUUCAGGUUGGAUUUUGAACGAUUUUCUAUAAUGGGACCCGAGCCAGUCAAUCAUCAAUGCGACAAUGACCAAUUCAUUGUUUCUGGUUCGAAUCCCAUACCUGUUAUUUGUGGAUUGAACACUGGUAGCCACAUGUAUGUGGACGCUGGAACGGGUACAAGUCCAAUCAUAUUAACCAUGGUUACAAGUGGCAUAUUUUUAAAAAGAAAUUGGAAGAUUAAAGUUAGCCAGUUACCUUGUGACUCUAUUACAAAAGCCGACACUGGUUGUUUGCAAUAUUACACCGGAGUAUCAGGUACACUGAAGUCGUUUAAUUACGAAUCCUAUUCCGGUCUUCAUUUGUCGAAUCAGGAUUAUACAAUAUGCUUGAGGACAGAGCGAAAUUUUUGUUCCGUACAAUAUUCAGCUUGCGAUGAUCAAAUGAACAAUAGAAGUCACGCGUUCACAUUGACUGGAAAUACGUUGGGUCAAAAUCCGGUACAAGCAAAUGUCGGUAGCGUUGGAUCAAGUCCAUGUAAUUCUGAUUACCUAAUUAUACCAUGUGUUUCAAGCAAGCAAGGGCCCGUGGCGUCAGGAAUGAAUACUUGUGUAGAUAGAUUAUGCGGUGGAACUUUGAACACAGAUUAUUCUACAAUUCCAACGACUAUUAUGAGUAGUAUCCGACCUUUUCGAUUAUCAUUUCACACAAAUGCUGUAGAAAUGCCAAAUGACAUGGGUAAUCGUGGUUUUUGUUUAAACUAUAUUCAACAACCUUGCAAUGCUAAUUAUACUUAAAGAGUUCCAUUUUAUUUAAGA